AUGCCAGCACCCCUAUACAUAGCCUCUGCGGAGCCUGUCGUUUCCUUCGACUCUUCAACCAUCUUGUUGGCUUCGUCUACUCCUGAAACAACCACACCGCCAUACGCGUCAGGUAGCCCAUCGCUUGCCUAUGUCGACGAAGAAGCCGAAAACCCGCCUAAGUUCUCCACCGUUCACGAAGAGCGUCGUUAUCUAAAACAUCGCCUCGCGAUUGCCUUUCGAGUAUUCGCUCAAUUCGGGCUAGGUGAGGGAGUAGCAGGCCAUAUUACAGUGAGGGAUCCUGUAGAACCAGACAGUUUCUGGGUCAACCCCUUUGGGACUCACUUCGGUCUUAUACUCGAUGAAGAUUUGAUCCGAGUCGACCACAACGGUGUGGUUGUAGAGGGCGGAAGCAACAAGCGAUUGAAUUAUGCUGCAUAUGCGAUUCACGCAGAAAUUCACAAAGCGCGUCCCGAUGUUCUUUGUGCAGCCCAUUCACACAGUUUAUACGGUCGUGCCAUGAGUGCCACGGGUCGAACAUUGGAUAUGCUCACGCAAGACUUUUGCGUCUUUUACAACGAUCACGUUCUGUAUUCUAACUUUGCAGGGCUUGUUCUGAAUACGGACGAAGGAAAAGCCAUCGCGCGAUGUCUCGGCAAUAAAAAGGCUGCACUUUUAGGGAAUCAUGGCAUUCUAACAGCUGGGCCAACCAUUGAAGCAACGGUUGCUUGGUUUGUGCUUUUCGAACGUUGUUGCCAGAUACAGCUCAUUGCUGAUGCAGCGGCCGGUGGGCGGGGAGUGCCACUGGUAUCGAUUGGACAUGGAGAAGCUCAAGCGACAUGGGAGGCAGUCGGCACGACUGGGAACGGAUACUUUCAGGCUCUACCUCUGUUUCAGGUAGCAGAACGCGAGUUUAACGAGCGGACGCUGCUUGGGAGGGGAGUUGUAGCUUCAUCGUGA